AAACAGACGGAAACAAAGCUAAAGUUUCAAUAGAAUGAUCAAGAAGUUUACUGUAUGUUGUUUCAUGCCUUCCAGAAACUUCAGGAACGCCGAGAUGAAACCACAGCGCCACCUGGAGGGAAAACAACCUCAUAACAGAGCUCAUAAAAACUAGCAACACGAUACAAUAAUAACAACCAGCUUUCAUAAUACUUUUUGUUGGUUUCCUAAAGAAACACUAAAACGCGUAAAAAUCCCAGCAUAAAAUGUUUAAGGGUGUGAUGUAGGAGAUAUACAAAUAGACAGGGGUUGUCCAUUAUGCUGUGGUUAUUGUGUGUCUUUUAUUUUGAAAUAGAUUUGUUAGGGUUCUAAUCGCAACCUUCACCUAAACAGUUUCGAGUGGCUGCUUGAAUACCAAACAGCGUUUUCAUCCCUAUAUACGUGCACUUUCUAGCUUACGAUAUAACAGCCUAUACACCCUACCUAGUGCAGUAUUCUCUCCUCAGUUAGUGAUUUAGGAUUCGGCCUGAUUAACUGCUCUGUUGCUCAGUUUGACAGUAGCGUUUAGCUUGUUAGCCAUGUGUUUACCUGGUCGAGAUAGGGAUUUUAGUAAGAUUCAAGACAUGAAUGAAAUCGCUGUUGAAGUUUUAAUUUAUAGUCUGUUUUUAAAGUUUGGGCUUGGUUUAGUUUAGUUAGUUACAAUGGAGCGCCAGGGUUUAAUCGGUGACCUGGAGAGCAAGAGUAAAGAGCAGCUGUGUGAACUACUGUCACGGCAAGAAAAGUUACUAAACAAUAAGCGGUUCGUUCAAACGCUUCCUGACAAAGGAAAGAAGAUUUCUGAGUUUGUGGGGAGAGUCCGCCAUGCUCUAGCAAAUAAGGAAGAAGAAGAGAAGAAGCAGGCCAGCUUGGCCUCUGUGCGAACAGAAUUUCAGGCCAGAUACCAGCAGGCUUUGUCUCUGCGCCAGCAUGUUGUCUCCACUGAUGUACGUACUGCUAGAACAAGGCUUGAAGAGAAUGAGGACUCGAUGAAUACAGAGCCAUCCCACCUGGGGGAAGCUGUGGGCAGAGUGGAUGGUGAAAACAGCUCCAAGUCCCUCUGUAUAGACAGUCCCUAUGUGAGACAGAGUACAUCUGGAGACACAGCAGCAUCCGGGAAUGCAGAUAGAGCUACAGACAUGGAUCUCACGGUGGCAUUUGAACGGGUCACUUUAUCCGAGGAGAGCAGUGUUCCUCCCAGAGACUCCACUAGAAAUCCUUUCUUGGGCUCACAGCAGCAGAAGAAGCCACAUUACAUAGAAGUGUUGGAGAGAUCAGACGUAUAUGUGACAAAACCUCGAUUCAGGCCCAAUCAAAUCCCAGUGAAGUCAGCCUCUCCAUCUCCUGGUGAGUCCCCUGGCCGUGUUACCCCUCUCAGUGCUGAGGCCCGGAGACAGAGGGACAGGAAGCACCUUGAUGACAUCACAGCUGCCAAGCUUCCUCCGCUGCACUACAGCCCUGCACAGUUACUGUCACUGGAGGAGUCCGUCACCCUUGCAAAGGAGCAGACAAAGAAGUAUCAGGAGCUGCAAGCCAAACUGGCUGCCCAGAAGCUGACAGAGAGUCUGACUGUCAGUAUGAACAGCUAUAAUCCUGAGGGGGGUGCUCUGGCUGCAUGCAGAGAGGUACAUGAUGAUGGGGCCUUCUCAGAGGAAGACUGACCCAGGAGACUGAUCUUGUCUUAGCCUAUGGAUAGAGACAUCUGGAGCUAUAUGAUCAGCUUUUUUAAUGGCCUUGUCUCAGGUACUUCCUUGAGUUGAAUUACUCUGAGACUCUUAACCAUGCUGUUCUGCAGAUCAUACUGCAAGGAACCCAAUUCCGAAAACCGAAUAGCUGCUACAGGAAUGCGCUUUGAAUAAAGCACUAGUCCAGUCGUUCUCAAAUCCAACUCUGGGACUAUGAGCUCUAAACCUUUGUGUGUUCCCUGCUUUAACACCUAAUUUAGCUCAACAGGACUUUAUUAAAACCUACGUGAGCCGAGCCGGGUGUUCUACAGAAGGGACCAUCCAGAAAUGACAACAUUGGGAAUGAGAAGCACUUCACAACUAUGAAUUGGUUUCAGAAAUAUGAAAACACGUUAUACACCAGUUUAUUCAUAUUUUUUUGCAAGACCUGUUUUGCAGCGUGAAGUAAAAAAUAAAUAAUGUUGACAGCUUAAGUCUGUGAUCUAAUGUCAGUUUUUACAGUUGUUUUUUUUUUUUUUUUUUUUUUUUUAACUUGAAACCUUAAAUGUGGAAGCACUUAUUGUUAUGACACAUGAGCACAACAACUACUUGAAAGAAAUUUCUCUUUCUGUGGAAUUGUUUUGUUAACCUUGACCCCACUUUGGUUUGAUUAGAAUGGCGAGUCAGCCAUCUUUAAAGUGUGUGAUUUUAUCAAUGCAGAAAUCUGUGCCAUGCCUCCCAUGAUUAAUAUAUGCAGUGUGAAAUACUGAAGCUUGAAAAAUUUGGCCCAAUUACUGGAGUACAUCUGGAGCGCAUUUAGCUCAUGUUACAGCAGAGAAUGGCAGUGCAUGAUGGGAUGGCAGCAGACAGACAUGACAUAUGGCAAAUUCAAUCCCCUCGCUUAAUGUGCAGAUAAGAAACGCCAAUAACCUCAAAGCCCUCCAGCUUUCAUUCACAGUAAAUCUCUCCAACUCUCUAAAUGUCAGAGGUACGUUCCUUUAAAUAGGAUUCAGUCUGGUGAGAUGCUUUGUGAUAACCUUUGCUGAUUGCUGCCCCAUGUGAUGGUGGGAACCUGGCACAUCUAGAACAUUUGUGUUCAUAACUCUGAGUAUGACGAGCUCCAGAGUGCAGACAUCUGAUAAUAAAUAUGCCAUACAUGUCUAGGAAGGAUCUUCUCACUGCUGGUGUUAAUUAAAGCCCACCUUGCUUGGAGGCUGUUACCAAUUACCAAUUAAAGGUUGUUUGACAUCA